AUGAAUGACUUAUCGAGGGAGGACUUAUUGCAAAAGAUAAGGCUACUCGAAUUGGAGAAUGCAAAGCUUAAGGAAAGUAAAUCGGCCGUGUCAACUGUUUCCGAUCAAUAUGAAUAUGAUGCAAAAUAUCCAAAGAUAGAUGAGUACUUUUCUUCUGAUGAAUAUAAACGAUACGGUAGGCAAAUGAUAGUGCCACAGUUUGGAUCUCUUAUUUCACAAGUAAAACUUAAAAAGAGUAAAGUAUUAUUCAUUGGUGCUGGAGGUCUAGGUUGUCCUGCUUUGCUUUAUCUUUCAGCCUCAGGAGUUGGAGAAAUCGGUAUAAUUGAUGACGACUUGGUAGAUAUUAGUAAUUUACAUCGACAAGUCUUACAUACUACGGAAAGUGUCGGAAUCCAUAAAUGUGAAUCUGCCAAAAGGUACAUAAAUAAACUAAACCCACAUGUUAAGGUUAAUACAUAUCCUUUUAGGCUCUCGAAUGAUAAUGCUUUUGAUAUCAUUGAAAAGUAUGAUCUUAUUUUAGAUUGCACAGAUACGCCAGCAACUAGAUAUUUGAUAAAUGAUGUCUCUGUCAUAUGUGGGAAGACUAUUGUUAGUGGAUCUGGGUUGAAGACAGAUGGACAAUUAUCAAUACUAAACUUUCAUGGAAUUGGUCCGUGCUAUAGGUGUUUUUACCCCAAACCUCCAUCUCCUGGAUCUGUUACAUCUUGUUCUGAUGGUGGAGUUGUCGGACCAGCUAUUGGCUUAAUUGGAAUUACAAUGGCCUUAGAAGCAAUAAAAGUAAUUACGGACUUCUAUACAGAUGAGACUUUCAAACCUUUCUUGUCUAUGUACUCAGGAUAUCCACAACAACAAAUACGAGUGUUCAAGAUGAGAAAUAAGCAAGCGAAUUGUGCAGUAUGUGGUAAUAACCCAACUGUAUUAAAAAGUACAAUUUCCGAUAAUGACAUUGACUAUGCUGAAUUUUGUGGAAGAGUUAAUCCAAAUGUACUAGCUCCAGAAUUAAGGAUAAGUGUACAGGAAUAUCACAACUACAUUAAUAGCUCACAGGGCGAGAAUUCUAUACUUAUAGAUGUAAGACCCAAAGAGCAAUAUGAAAUUACAAAAUUGCCUAAUUCCAUCAACAUCGCAUGGGAUCCCACAUUCAUCAAAGCGGACAAUAUCGAUUCGUACCUUCCUUCCAAUUUCGAUAAGAAUACAAAUACAUUUGUGAUGUGUCGCUAUGGCAAUGAUUCUCAAAUGGCUACGAAGAAGCUUAUAGAAAAUUUUGGUUUCAAUGAAGUAAAGGAUAUUAAGGGUGGCAUAAAUAAAUGGAGUAAAGAAAUCGAUUCGAAAAUCCCACAGUAUUAA